AUGCUAGCUCCAAUUAUCUGGCUCCACUCGGAUGAUCCUUUUAUGCCCAGUGAUAUCUCGGGGCAUCUUUUGCAUACAUCACCUAGGCUCGACUUCGAACCGAUCCAGGAUCGGUCAGGUCGAGAUUUGAACAAUCUUUCGUCGCUGAACGAUUAUGGUGCAGACAUCUUCCUAACAGCAGACGAUGAUGCUAGCAUCAGUCCAAAUUGGAUAUUGGGAGAGGUCCCUGAUGCGACUGGGGCGCUACAGAAUUCUACGGCUUGCGCUGUAGUUAUCGUUGAGCACAGUGAUGCAGAUGUGGAUGCAUUCUAUUUCUACUUCUACUCCUUCGAUGAGGGAGGGGAUAUUGAGCAGGUCGUGCACCCUCUGGAGAAGCUGUUUCCCGAUACUAAACCUGGCGAUCACUAUGGCAAUCAUGUUGGCGACUGGGAGCAUAACAUGGUCCGGUUCAAAGCUGGGAAGCCGACUGGUAUAUGGUUCAGUCAACACGCGUUUGGCCAGGCUUGCUUGUGGACGGAUGAAACGUGCUUCUCCAAAGAUGGAGCCAGGCCGGUCGUAUACAGUGCCAGAGGUUCCCAUGCCAACUACCCGUUCCCUGGAAGCCAUGUCCAUGACGACGCUCUCAUCGAUGUCGCGGAUAAAGGCCAAAUAUGGGACCCUAUUAAGCCAGCUUACUACUAUAAAUAUGACCCUGAUCGGAAAACAUUCGCAGCAGCGGAGCCAGAUAUAACACCAACUGAUUGGCUUUACUUCAAUGGUCAGUGGGGCGACAAGCAGUAUCCCGAUUCCGACCCACGGCAGAAAACCAUCCCUUACUUUGGCCUCAAGAAGUUCACCAACGGCCCUAACGGGCCCCAAUUCAAACAUCUGGUACGGAAAGGUCUGAUGCCGGAUGAACGGCCCAAAGAUACUGUAAUGAAGACUGCCGUGCGGUGGUAUCUAUCCAUGUAUGGGUGUUGCCUAAAGGACUAUAAUCCCUGGGGCGUCAUAAUUUCGAUCGUGCUGGGGCUCGCGGUGUUGAUUGGGUUGAUUGUGUUCGCAGUGAGGAAACUAAAACCACACGUAAGAGGCUGGAUUGAGAGGAGACGAGGCUGGUUCGUUGCCCGAAAGGAGCACAUAUCUCGACUCGAGCAGGAGGACGUACAGUUGGGACUUCUUGGUCGCGAAGGAAUAGACGAGGACGGUAGAUAUCGAUACCCCGAAUAG